AUGGCGGCAGAAGUGCUUCCGCUGGCACAGUUGAAGCUGCCGUCGGGGCCGAGUCCCGUGACGGCCGAACAGCGGUACUGGAGGUCGUUCAAGAACCAGAAAUCCCACACGUCGACGGCAUCAUGGCCCAUCUCGCACAUCAGCUUCCCCGCCGCGACCGGCGCGGCCCUGUCCAACUCACUCGUCGCCGCCACCAAGCUCAACGACCUAUUCGCAGUGACAUCGGGGCCCCGCGUCGAUAUCUUUUCGAUCCGCAAACGUGAGCUCCUCAAAACCAUCGGCCGGUUCGACAGUGAGGCCCACUGCGGCGAGAUUCGCGCCGAUGGUAGGGUGCUGGUCGCCGGCGAGGACUCGGGCAGGAUGCAGGUGUUUGAUGUGGGCGGUGGCACGAGGGCCGUCAUACUCAAGACGUGGCAUAUCCACAAACAGCCCGUGUGGGUGACCAAGUGGUCGCCAACCGAGCUGACCACGCUCAUGAGCGCCAGUGACGACAAGACCGUUCGCCUGUGGGAUCUGCCGUCAAACGAACCGAGCCGCGUAUUCACCGGGCACUCAGACUACGUACGCUGCGGUGCGUUCAUGCCAGGCGUGAACAGCAACCUGCUGGUCUCGGGCUCCUACGAUGAGACGGUCCGGGUCUGGGAUGCCAGGGCACCCGGCGGCUCCGUCAUGACGUUUAAGCAUGCCGAUCCGGUCGAAGACAUCCUACCCUUGGCCUCCGGUACUACUCUUCUGGCCGCUGCCGGCAACGCCAUCUCCGUCCUCGAUCUCGUCGCAGCAAAACCGCUCCGCCUCAUUACCAAUCACCAAAAGACCGUUACAUCCCUUUCCCUGGCCUCCAACGGCCGACGCGUCGUUAGCGGCGGUCUCGAUGGUCACGUCAAGGUAUUCGAGACAACCGACUGGAACGUGGUGGCCGGGUCCAAGUACCCGAGCCCGAUCCUUUCCCUCUCCGUCAUCGCCGCGGGCGCGGCCCAAGAAGACCGGCAUCUCGCCGUAGGCAUGCAGUCGGGCGUGCUUUCGAUACGGACGCGGCUGUCCGGCGCAGCUGCCGAAAAGGCACGCGACCGCGCCGCGGUGGAAGCUGCGCGGGACAUGGGUACCGAAGCGCUCGAGAAGCUGGACGCCCAAAAGGCCAAGCGGAAGCGCGCAGCCGUGACCAACAAAGCCAUGGACCUCCUCGGCGAGGGCGUCGACGUCAUCAUCCCGACCGACGCGCCCGGCGGCGGCCGCUCGCGGCGCGUCAAGCUCAAGCCGUGGCAGCGCAACUUCCGCCAGGGCCGCUACGCCGCCGCGCUCGACGACGUCAUCGACAUGACCAGCCCGGAAUACCAGCCCGUGACGGCGCUGACCCUCCUCGUCGCGCUGCGCCACCGCUCCGCCCUGCGCGAGGCGCUCGAGGGCCGCGACGAGAUAACCGUCCUGCCCCUCCUCAGGUGGGCCAGCAAGUACAUCUCGGACCCGCGGUACCUGAGCAUCUGCGUCGACAUGGGGUUUCACCUGCUCGAUCUCUACAGUGAGCACGUGGGCGGCAGCGCUGAGCUCGCGGCGCAGUUUCAGCAGCUGCUGGGCAAAGUGUCCAAGGAGGUGGAGAAGGCGCAGAUGGCCAUCCAGACCAACGGCAUGGUGGAGAGUCUAAUGUUCGGGGUGAUGUAG